AAAAAAUGUCAUCAGAAGAAAUAACAUCUUCCGACAAUAAUUUGUUGGGAAAACGUCAAGAAAGAAGCACAACAACUGGUGAUGAAGAUUUGGAAAAUAAAUGUGAAUGUGUGAGUGUAGUGGCGGAAAAUGGUAAUGAUGAAAUUUGUCAACAACAAAAGAAAGUUAAAAGAGGCUACGAAGAUAUCAUUCCAGAGAAUGCCAUGUUCUAUAAUUAUUAUUUUAAUAUUCAGCAAAUAGUAAAGACAAAGGAAGAGAUGGAUGAAAUGAUUAAAUCAUUCCAAGAACCUCUUCCAACAACAUUCCGUAUCAACAAAUCACUUCCAUUGGACUUGAUUGAAAAGAUUCAAAACAAGUUGAACGAAUUCAAGUUGAAAUUAAAUAAUUAUAUUUAUUUGGAAGGUAAAAUUUUACCUAAAGAACAAGAAAAUGAUGGAAAUACUAUUGAUAUUAUUAACUUGAAUCACAUUAAUCAAUUAUUUUAUCAAAUUCAUCCUAAUAUUUCCAAGACUAAACUGAGAAAAUCAUCGGAAAAUGAUGAUGAUGAUAUUCAACAAUUUGAUGCAUCAGCAGACAAUACAAUUGUCAGUAGUGAUACUAGAGUAGCUGAAGGACAAGCAGUUUUGAGAGAGUUCAGAGAAUAUCUUGUUAAAUUAACAGACAUUGGAUAUAUUAGUAGACAAGAACUUGUCAGUAUGAUUCCUCCAUUGUGUUUUACUCCUCAAGAUGAAAAUUCCUUACAAGUUGAAUCAUCUGAUAGUAGUGAGGUAGUUAAUGGUAAACUUGUAGAUGGAUAUUUGGAUAUGUGUUCAGCACCAGGAAGCAAAUCUGCUCAAAUGGUUGAAUAUUAUUUGAAUCAAGGAGAUUAUUCCAAAUUUUUAAUUUGUAAUGAUAUUGAUAGAAAGAGAUUGGGUACCUUAUUUUCUAAUUUGAAUAGAGAACCUAACCAAUUUACUAACAAUGUAGUAAUCAGUCAUUACAAUGCAGUAACAUUGCAUCAACAAUUGUCUUCUAGUAGUUUGAAUGGUCAAGUUCUUUCUCAUAUUCAUCACAUCUUGUGUGAUGCUGUAUGUUCAGGUGAUGGUACUCUUCGUAAGUCACGUGAUUUGUGGGAAAGAUGGACAUAUGAUCAUGGUCACCACAAUCAUGCUACCCAAGUUUCCAUCUUGGUUUCUGCUAUGCAAAUUAUGUUAACCAGUUUCAAUAAUGAAAACACUAGUUUGGAUGAAAAUACUAGUGGUGAAACAACUGAAGAAAUCACCACUGAAAAUAGUAGCCUUAAAUUAAUCAAGUACGAUGGAGAAUAUGAAAUUGUAUAUUCAACAUGUAGUUUAAACCCUAUUGAAGAUGAAGCAGUUGUUGCUGAAGCUAUUAGAAAAACAAAUUAUAGAUUUGAAUUAGUUGAUUUGGAAACAUCAUUACAAAAUAUCAAUAAUAAUAUUAAAUAUUUGAAGGGUAUUAAUGAUUGGAAAGUUGUAGAUAGUUUGGGAAAUGUUGUUGAAAAGUUCGAGGAUAUUCAGGAUACCAGUAUUGAAUUUACAAUCAAGAGUGGUGACAAGUCUGAAAACAUGCCAAAGAAGGAAGGAUGUAAAAAGAUUCAACCAAGUAUGUUUAUUAAGGAUGACAUCAAGGAUAUGAACUUGCAAUAUACAAUGAGAAUUUUGCCACACAUGAAUAAUUCUGGUGGUUUUUAUGUUGCCAAGUUGAGAUUGAAAAAGAUUAACUCUGCAGAAGAAAAAACAAAGAGACAAAGAAAAUUACAACAAAAAUUGAACAAGAAGAAAGCCAACCAAGAGAAAGGCAAUAAUCAAAAGCAAAAUUUGAAGCAUAACAUUUACGUCAGAGUUUUACCAGAAAUUUUGAAUCAUGUUUUUAAUUUCUAUGAAUUCAAAAAAUCCAUUGAUAUUGAUAUUGGAAACUUUAUCAUUCAAACCACUGGUGAAAGCAAAUAUGUCAAGCAUUUGCAACAAGUAGAUAAGAACAAUACUCAAAGUACCUUGGAAAGCAUUCCCACACCUAAAAAAAUCAAUUUUAUUUCCAAUAGAUAUUUGAGCAAUUAUUUGAGAAGUAACUAUACUUACAAUGACUCUUUGAUGCUCAAGUUUUUCAAUGCUGGUAAUAUUGCCUUUGAUAUUGAUAGUGGAAAAUAUCAAAUUACUUUAGCAGGAGCUGUUUCAUUAUUUGAUUAUAUUGAACCAGAAUCUAAACAAUUAAUUGAAAUUUCCAAACAAGAACUCAAACAAUUCUUAACAGAAGGUAAACUUGUUUUUGAAAAUGAUCAAAUCAAAGAUAUGAAAGUAGGUGGUGUAAUUCUCUACACUAAACUUGAAGAUGCCAACAAGAAGAUAAUAGCUGUUGGUUACAAGCAUUCUUUCAACACAAUUUUCAACAAGUUGACAAAGGAUGAUACUAGGAACACACUCGUCAAAUUAGACUAUGAUUUUUAUUAUUAAAUUCAAGAUUUUUAAAUUCAUUACC